AUGGAUUAUACUAUCGAACAAGGAAAAGUAAUAAUUAAUUAUGUCUUGGUCGUCAAGGCAACACCAUCAGGAAUUGUGUUUAAAUUUCAAUCAGGGGAAGUAGCUCCACCAAUUAGUCCUUUAUUCAAAAUAGGAGGAGCAUUAGCCGGAGGAGCAAUAGGUGGUCCAGCUGGAGCAGCCGCGGGAAGUGCGGCAGGUUCAGCAAUGGCAGGUAGUGGUGAUGAUAAAGAAAAGCCAAUUAGUGUUGAACUAAAUAGAGGCAUUGGAGAAGCAAUGGGUUUUACCAGCGUAAAAGGUGGCAAAGCUACUGAAGAACAACAUACUAGCCGAAUGGUAGAACAACAUAAUAAUAAUGCUAAUCCGACUACUUAUCCUUUAGAAAUAACCUUUGAAAAACUAGGAACUAUUUUAAGAUCUGGCAAAUAUAAAGGAGAAUUAGACUUAGAUUAUGACCCUAAUGGAAGAAUGGCUGAAUGCUUUGCUCGGAGUGUGACUUUUUACGAAGACAAGAAAAAGCAUUUUGUUAAGCCUGAUUUAGGUUUAAGCCAACAACUUAGCACUUCCGUUUAUAGUUUGGGCGGAAUUGGUGAUACUUACAUAGCUCAAGCCAUCACCACCGGAGGAGAAGGCAUCACAGUAGACAUUCCUUACACUGCCGACCAAAGGGGUUAUUCCCACACCACCUACAUUAAAUUAACUAAUUCGAAUGUCAUGGAUGCUUUUCGAGAUGCUUUGGUUAGUGCAGGAUUUGCUAAUAUCAAAUUUACUCCUAGUGCUGAUUGUUCGGUUAUUUUGAAGUUGGAUGUUAACUCUCCGGGCACUAAGGAUUUAGACUUAAAAUCUGGCACGGAAUACGAAGUAACUAUCAACCAAAGCCAAUUUAUCUUUAAAGGCCAAGGCACUACUCGUGGAGGAGAAACCGAAAUCCCUCUCUCCGACCCCGAAGUAAACAUCCCCGAACCCGGAGAAAACGACCCAACCCCAGAUCUUAAUUUGCCGGAACCUGACUUGCUUGACCCGACCGGAGGAGAACCGGAAAUCCCAACAAUUGAGCCAGAUAUUCCUCCGGACAUUGACCCUAACGACCCUGGUAUCCCACUCGACAUUGACCCACCACCCAUCGAACCCGACCCACCCGAGAUUGACCCCAAUGACCCUGACACCGGACGAGACCCCGAAACGGGAGGCCCUGACUUGCCACCUCCGGAUUUAGGUGAUGACGAUGAUGAUGCCGACUAG